AUGAUGUACCAUCCAGUGGACUUUGACAUUGAUGACUUUCUCUCUCGUAUACAAGGAAACAAACCUCCGUUUAUGUGUCCCGCCGAAACUUGCGGAAAAAUUUACAAGUCCUAUGCUCAUAUGCAAAAGCACAUGCUUAUUCAUCGUCCACCGGCACCUAUUGAGAUUCCAGCCCCGCAGCUCGACUGUACAACCAAUGCAGAUGCGUUGGCAAUCAGCGGUCAAUUGUCUCUGCCGUCUUAUCUUUUGUCAACCCCUCUCCUACAGAACGAUAAACUCAGUACUCAAAAACCAACGAGUUUAUUGGCCCCAACCGAUUCUCGAUGCUCGGUAGUUUUCGAAGCAACACCCACAACCGGUGGGCAAACAUUUCGCUGCAGUAUAUUCGUCCCACUCACAUUCAGAAUCCAAUCUUUUGCCUCGGAUAACAUCAAAAUGCGAAACACAGCAUUCAGUCAUCAUCAUCAUCCGCAGCUCGAAAGUUGUGGUGAUUGCGGCUCUGAGCGUAAGGUUCAGCCGUCCAAGAACAAAUCAAAGAUAAAGAAUAGUUCAAAAAAAUCAGGCAAUCGUGAUGAAAGGCUUUCAAUCAACUCGGACCCUUUGAGAUGCAACGCUUCCACCAAUCUUGCCAAUCCGGAAGAAAGAAAAACCGAAAUUCAACUCCCAAAACCCGUGUUCGAAAUUGAUCCCGAUUUCUUGUUCAAGAAACCGGUCCCUCUGAAAGAAGCUCUUGGCUAUAUACGUUUUAUAGAGAAAUCACCGGACGAACUAGAUGAUAUUGUUGAGUACGAUCUGGAUGAAGAAGUGAGUCCUUCAAAUGAAUUCUUGUGA